AUGGAGCUCCAGGCUGAUGCUAACAUGAGCCAGUUCGCCACCCAAUUCGCCAACGUCAACCUGCAUCGCAACGCAUCGCUGCCGUUGGAAACCUUCCGCAAUGCCAGUACCAACAAUGCACAGAUGGGACUCAUUGCGCUGCCUAUCGUCAGCCUGCUGAUUAACAGCGCGGUCGUCGGCCUCUUGCUGAAGGGACACGACAGGCGUUCGCCCUUCGACAUCUACAUCAUCGCGCUGCUCCUCACCGACACGCUGUACCCCCUGCUGAAUUAUCCACAGAAACUGGUGGUGUUAACCCGGGAUUACCAGAUUGGACACCCGGCUUGCACCUUUUAUCUGUACUUCAUUUACGCCUUUCCGGCGCUCAUCGUACACAUGCACUUGUUAAUUCUCAUUAACCGGGCGUGGGCCGUCUUUUUCCCGGUGUCCUAUCGACUGCACCAUACACAUCGCCUCGCCUAUGCGUCAUGCGUGAUGACAACGGUAUAUAUCCACGCCGCUAUAUUACCGGCGAUUAUUCUGGACGGACUGUACUAUCGUCUGCCCCACGGCUGCAUUCUCAAUGUCGCACAGCAGACGACAUGGAACCUGCUAACCCAGAUCAUCGUCUAUCGUAUCCCCAAGUACACCGUGCCGCUAUCCUAUCCGAUUCUGCUGUGGAGAAUCAUGCGGACGAGGCGGCGAUUAAUCCGAGCUGUUUCUGUACGGGCGCCGCCGUUUCUGUACGGAGCGUGA